UACGUUAUUCUGAAAUAAUAGGUAUCGUAAAAAUAAAAUAAACUUGAAAAUGAUUAUGUAAACAUUAUGGAUGUUUGGUUCUCUCUUGAAUGAAGACUACAUUUUUUCCGGUGGUCUUGCUCAUUGGUUUGUUGAGUUGAAGCCAUCUCUUCCUCUUCAUUUUGCUUGAGCGCAUCAUUCAUAAUUGUUGGUGCAUGAGAAGUGAACUAAAAUACAGCGAAAAUUGAAUGGUGCAUUCCCGAGAGGGUAAGUGGCUAAACCAUAAGGAGUUCAAGGAGGAAAUUGUUUUUUUAGUUUAGUUUUGUCUUAUUUUUCUUGGCAUGUGGGGGCUGGUGACUGGUUUCCAGUUAAACAACUGCUUUACGGAUGAUAGACAGAUAGUGCCUUACUGUUUAGCCAGAAUGACUUUCCCUUCUUCCCCACCCUUGGGAAGGGACCCUCUCAUGUUAAGUUUUCACAAGUCACGGCCUUGUGACGUGCAAAUCUCUCAAUUUUUUUUCAUAUAUUUUGACAGAACCCGCUUAUUUAAUGUCUACUAUAUUACACAGAGACCAAAUUUCACAUAACAAGGUCUUAGCUGAACAUUUAACACGGGAUGAUCCAUCGCACCAUUUUUCCGGAAUAUCUGUUUUCCCAAGAAUUAGUGUGAGUGAUCCGUAUAAACGACUUGGAAUAAGCAAGGAAGCUUCUGAAGAAGAAAUUCAAGGAGCUAGGAACUUCCUGAUCCAAAAAUAUGCAGGGCACAAGCCAAGUAUAGAUUCAAUUGAGUCGGCUCAUGACAAAAUAAUCAUGCAGAAAUUCUAUGAGCGUAGAAACCCAAAAAUUGACUUCAAGAAAAAAAUUAGGGCAGUCAAUCAAUCCCGAUUUGUUCAGGCUGUCAGAGGCAGAUUUCGCAUUCCAUCCACCAUAUUCAUUAUAAAAACUUCACUGGCAUUUUUGUUACUUGGUGUUCUGACUGUUUUCUUUCCAACUGAGGAAGGGCCAACACUUCAGGUAGCUUUAUCUCUUAUUGCCACAACAUAUUUCGUAUAUGAUCGGCUGAAGAGCAAGAUAAGAGCUUUGUUUUAUGGGGUUGGAGCAUUUAUCUUUUCGUGGCUAUUGGGAACCUUCUUGAUGGUGUCAGUUAUUCCUCCUAUUCCUAUAAUUAAGGGACCAAGGGCAUUUGAAGUGAUCUCAUCAUUGAUAACAUAUGUUUUAUUGUGGAUUUCAUCAACCUAUCUUAGAUGAAGGCUAAAGCUAUGUAUCUCAAUUUGACUGCUGAGUUUGUAGUAGAAGACUGGUUUUUGCAGUGGAAGUUUACAUAAUGUCAUCACUCACCUUAUCUAGAUGUCAUAUUAUAGCUUUUCUGGUUGAAUUGGGUUUUGUUUUCUUUGUUAUUUAAAUUUUUUAAAUGAGAGCAUACACUGGAAUUUUAGAGGCAAAACAAUGAUUGUGUUUUGUUGCAUAUCUGGUGUUCAGCUUCCAAGUUUACAUACUACAUUGAACAUGUUCUUAUUUUGACAUGAGUAAAUGACCAAAGCUUUUCUUGUUGUCUAUGCUAUCAAA